UGUCACUAAAAAGCAUAUUAUGUUUUCCUAUCUUUAUUAAGUUUUCAGGUUUGAUAUAGUCUAUGCUCAAGACGCUCAUGUUUCUCAGAAGCACUAUGCUGGGAAUUCUCCUUAUCUGCAUUCUCUGGACAGAGACUACUAUGGCUGGAUCCAGUUUUUUAAGCCCUGAAUAUCAAAACACACAGCAACGAAAGGAUCCAAAAAAGCAUACAAAGUUAAACCGCCGGGCUGCAGAAGGAUUUUUGGAUGCAGAUGCAAGGCAGGCAGAAGGAGACAACAAUGAAAUGGAGAUUAAGCUUAAUGUUCCCUUUGAAAUUGGUGUCAAGAUAACAGAAGAGCAGUACCAGGAGUAUGGACAAGUUCUGGAGAAGAUCCUAGAGGACAUUCUUGCAGAGGACACUAAAGAAACCCAAAAUUGGCACGAGUUGAAACAUGAAGAUAUUACAAACUGAUUAGAGUACAACAAAGUUCCACUCAUGGGCUUGGAUUGCUUUAAAUCUUGCUUUACAUUGUGCAACAGAUGAUAAUAGCAUGCG